AUGUUUAUUGCAAAAGGAGAUAUUGUUAUCGAAUAUGUCGGAGAAUUAAUAAAAUCAUCCGCAGUAAUGAAAGAGCGAGAAAAAAUCUAUAUUAAAGAGUCGUUAGGUUCCUACGUAUUAGACUUUAUGUUUAAUAAUAAAAAACAUUUUAUAGAUGCAACCAAAGAAACAAAAGAUAAAGGGCGUCUAAUGAACCAUUCUAUUUGCCCAAAUGUAAAACCUUUUUUGAAGAUAAUAAAUGAGACACCGAGAAUUUUUUUUAAGGCUCUAAAAGAUAUAAAACCUGGUACCGAACUCACGUGGAACUAUGGUGAAAAACGUCAAGAAAUUUUACAGUUGUGCACUUGGUUAAAAGAAGAUAAUGAGAAAAAAGAUUCAAAUGUACAGAAGAACAAAUUAAUAAAGUUUUUAUCCAAAAAUUCAUCAAGUGAUAAUACGAAUGUCAUGUUGCCUACGAAAUUAAACCCUGAUGUCAAGUUAAAAAUAUGUAUAGCAGUAACUUCUGAAAAGAAAAAAUCUUCCAUGAAUGAGGUCAACAUUGACAUAACUUCUGAAGCCGAGAAUUGUUCAUCUCUAUCAGAAUUUUCAAGCCCUCCAAAUAGCGGAGCGUCUGAAAUUUUAGACUUUGUAGGUAGCAGUUGGGACAAAGACACAUUCGAUGAGACUUUUAAAGAUGUCGAUAAAGAGACUUUAAAUAAUUGUAGUCAUGAAUGUCAAUUACAUCAAUUGGAAAAUUCGAUUCAGAAAGAGUUUAAUAUAGAUGAUGGUAAAGCGUCUAACUUAAAAAUGGUAUGCUCAUCAUUAAAUGCAAACACUCCGUCAGUUAGCCUAGAGAAAUCGGAUUUAUCACAAGAAGAGACGCGAAGUUUCACCAGAAGUAAUGAUUUGAAUAAUAACAUUGCGGAUGAUCGGGAAGGGUUAGAGUCGCAAAACUUCAGUGAGCCUUUUAUCAUUGACAAUACAAAAAGUAAUAAGUGCAAUAUUGAUUUGAAUAAUAAAAUUGCGGUCGAUCAGGAAGGGUUAGAGGCACAAAAAUUAAGUGAGCCGUCUAUCAUUGACGAUAUAAAAAACAAUGAGUGCAGUAUUGAUAUGAAUAAUCAAACUGUGGAUGUGCAAGAUGCGUUGGAAUCACCUAAUUUAAGUAUUACUCCCCUGGAUAAUACAGAAAGCAAUGAGUGCAAUAUUGAUUUAAUGAAUAAUAAUGUGAACGCGCAGGAAAUGUUGAAAGUGCAGAAAUUAAGUGUAACAUGUCUUGUUGACAAUACAGAAAUUAUUGAGUACGGUGAUUUUCAGCCCAGAGGAAAAUCAUCCCUUAAUCAUGUGGAACCUAAUUUAAAUGAAGUGAUAAAUGAUACUUACAUUGUACCAAAGACAAGUAAAAGUUAUGAUCAAAAAGAGAAUAAUGAGGACACUUCUGAUCAACCAUAUAAACUGAUUGCAUCAACUGAUGGUUUUAUUGAUGAUAGUUUAACAUCAUUUCUGCAAAAUGAAAUAGUUUUCCAGGACCAAAACAUUGCUGGCCCUUCAGAUGAUAUACCACUCGAGAAACUAAUUGAUGACACAAAUUUUUCUGAUUACGUUCAAGGAUCGGAUAAAGAUUCCUCCGACCCAGAUUAUGCGCCUUCGGAAUUGAGUCAAAGUAUUAGUGCACACGAUAUAGAAGAAACAUUUAAAAAUGACGAUCUAUCUGAAAUGCAUGUUGACAUGUCUGCAGAAAAAACGCCUCCUGCUGAAAGUACAAAUUUGAAAACAACCGAAGUUUUAAAUGUAUCAAAAAACAUAAUGCCUGCUGGCAAAGCUGGACCAAACGAUGCCGAAUUGAUAGUAGAAAGUUGUUCUGAAUCUACAAAGUAUAACUUUUGUAUAUAUUGUAAAGCUCAAGUUAUUAAAAUGCCUCGACAUCUUGAAACUGUUCAUAAAAACGAAAAAGAAAUUCGCGAAAUACUACUUCUACCAAAAGGUUGUAAAGAUCGCAAUGAUGCAUUAAAUCUUUUAAGAAAUAAAGGAAAUUACAAUUAUGCUAUGGAAAAUAAAAAACUAGUUGUAAUGAGCAGAACAAAAGACUCCCAAACGGGAGACAAUUAUUUACCUUGUGCAAGAUGUUUUGGAUUUUUCAAAAGAAAUACUUUAAAGCGUCACUUCAAACGUUGUACUGGGAUUGAUAAUACACAUGAUAGAGUUGCAACAAAAUUAGGAAAAAUGACUUUUAACAGUUUCGAUAAAGAAGCAAGCAUUCCAAUGCGAGAAAGAAUUUUACCAUUUUUUCUUGCUGGAAUGAACGAAAUUACUGGUGAGUAUAGAUCCCCUGCAGUUGCAUCAAAUCUUGGCACGUAUACUAAGGAAAUUGGGGAAGUGUAUAAUAACCACUGUAUUAGAAAAGAUGAUGAAGAUGCAAUAAAAAAUAUCCAAAAAUUUUUUUCCUUACACUCUAAAGAAUUUAGAACUACAGUUUCUACAGCGGCCAUAGAAACACGAAAAAGACUUUCUAGACAAAAAAUAGUUACACUUCCUAAAUCAGAAGACAUUAAAAAAUUAAAUGACUUUCUUGAUCUGAAAGGAAAAGAAGCUUAUUUAAAGUUAUCAAAUCGCUUUUCGAUUGAUGAAUGGAAGUCUCUUAGCGAAACAACGUUGGUUAAAAUGCUUUUAUUUAACAGAAGAAGACCAGGAGAAAUGGAGCGUGUUUUUAUUUCUGAUUUUGAGUGUCACUCCACAGUCGAUAAACAUUCAGAUAAAGAUGUAUAUAAUACCUUAUCCAAGGAAGCCCAAAAAGCAGUUAACAAUUACGUACGAUUUGCUAUUCGCGGAAAACUAACUAGAUCAGUUCCUGUAAUAGUUUCAAAUUUUUUGAAAAACUGCAUUAAGUUAAUACUGAAAAAUCGAAAAAAUGCUCAAGUUCCAGAAGAUAACCCGUAUGUUUUCGGCACUCCUUGUGAUAAAGAAAUAGAAGAAAUUAAAAGAAAAAUCAAAACGAAGAAUUCACAUCUCUCAGCCUAUAAAUUACUAUCAAAAUUCAGCGUUGAAUGCGGGGCUGACAAUCCCGAAACAUUACGUUCUACAAAACUCAGGAAACAUAUCGCAACUCAGUGUUUAAAACUCAAUAUAAGCGAUUGUCAAAUUAAUGAUCUCGCAAAUCAUUUAGGUCACGACCCUAAAAUUCAUAAAGAUAUAUAUCGCAUGCCAGUUCCUGAGCUAGAAAUCGCAAAAGUCGUUACAAUGCUUGAAAAAGCUCAAGAUCCAGAAGGAGGAUAUAACACCGACGAUGAAAGUGACGAAGAAAUCGCAGGCGAAAAUGAUCAAUUUUAUCCUGACGAUGAGCAGAUUCAAAGUGGUCCAAAUGAUACUGACAAUAAUGAAAAUGAUUUGCACCAUGAUUUUGUUAAUUCAAACAAUGAUCAGACUACAUCGCAUGAUAAUCAGGUUGCUUGUCAAAGCAGUACUGUUUUAAAACCGAAAAUUCGCAAAUCCACUUCGAAAACUUCAUCUUCAAAGCCAGGAUUAAAAAGAUCAUUAGAAGUAGCUCCUACAAAGGCUAAAAGAAUGAGAAUGUCCGAAGAGCAAAAAGAAGAAAUUCGUCGAUUAUAUGGAGAAUAUUUGACUAUGAAAGGCAAACUUCCCAGUGAGAAACAAAUUCGAGAUGAUAUUAAAAAUAAUAAAAUUUUAAAUAAUAGAAAACCUUUACAUAUAAAACUAUGGAUUAAUAAUCGUCAAAAAGAAAUGUAAUUUCAGGAAGCGUAAAAAGAAACACGUCAAUUUAAUUAUAUUAAUAUAUUUUUUUUUAUUAUUUUUAUACUAAAACAUUACAUUGCAA